AUGUCUCGCCGCAGCACACGUCUGCUCUCAGAUGAAGAGUCUGACUCCAGCAGUGUGACUACCAUCUCCUACAGAGAAAACCCUGUCAAGGUAUUCAAGAAGAAGAGUGGUGGGCGAAAGAAGAGCUUUGGGCCUGAUGUGGGUCCUGAUAUGAGGCCUGGGAGCUCCAGGACCAGUUUGGAAGGGCCCCGGGAGGAGCCACUGGAAGAGACAUUUAGGGCACCCGUGUCAGCCUGGAGUGGUGUCAGACCUGCUCUGAGGAGCUCCACCUUCCCUCCUUUUCCCCAGACCAGCCUGGCCCCACUUACCCACCUCCAGGUUCCAUCAGCCCAGAGCGCUGUGGACAGCUCUGGGUACUCAUCCUCUGAGGAGCAUCACAGGGGCCCCAGCAGCAGGGGGAGCCAGGGGACGUGUGUUGGAGCCUUGGCUGCCUCAAGACUGUGGCUGACCAACACAGUGUCCAGAGUGAAGGCCAAGUCACCAUCCAGCGUUCGGAUGAACAAAUGGUGUGCUCUGCUCCUGCUUCUCCCACUGCUAUUUGGUGCCUGGUGGUGGUCUCUUGUCUCUGGACCCUCACCCACAGCUUCUGUCCAUCGUACUUCUCCUCAGCCUAUGGCAAUGGGGGAAAUGAGACUCAAACACAACAUACUUUUGGCUGAGCUCAGACAACAAAUGAAGAUGGACCUCCAGGAGAUCAAACAAUGGAGCAGUGAGCAGCAGCUGCAGCAGGUGCAAGUGCAGCAGGGGGAACAGCAGGAGUGGCAAAGAAUUGUGUCUGAGCUCCAGUCCAGUCUGCAGCAGGAGCUGCAAAGAGCUACGUUUGAGCUUCAGUCCAAUCUGCAGCAGGAGCAGCAAAGAGCUGUGACUGAGCUCCAGUCCAGUCUGCAGCAGGAACGGCAAACAGCUGCAUCUGAGCUCCAGUCCAGUCUGCAGAAGCUUCAGGCAGAUGCCCAGAGCUUAACAGCUGGCCUCCUGCUCCGGCUCAGCGCGCUGGAGGAGCAGAUGUUUCGGGUGGAGCAGAGAGCAGAGCCCCAGCCCUUGGCCUCCCUAACCCCACAGCUGAAGGAGGCCCUGGACGUAUGGCUGACCCAGCGCCUGCAGGACCAGGCGGGAGGCUGUGGGACAUGUGGACGUCCUCUAGCAGACGAGAUGGCCGACUUUGCGCUGGAGUCCCAGGGGGCCAGUGUGGUCAGCACUCGUUGCUCGGAGACGUACCACACACGCUCUGCCUGUGUGUCCCUGUUUGGUGUGCCACUGUGGUACCCCUCUGAGAGCCCGCGCACCGUCAUCCAGGGUCCAGCCAUACUGCUGCCGGGGAAGUGCUGGGCGUUCCAUGGAGUUCAGGGCACUCUGGUCAUUGCUCUGUCUCAUCCAAUUACCAUCAGCCAUGUUAGCCUUGACCACCUGCCCCGACACAGCUCCCCCAACGGCCGAAUUGACUCAGCACCCAAGGACUUCCAAGUCUAUGGCAUGAGCAAUGAGACAGAGGCGGGGACAUUACUUGGGACCUUCAUGUACAAAGAGGAUGGGGAGCCCACACAGACCUUCAGCCUCUCUCCAGUUGAAUGUGAGGAGGAGGAUAAAGAUGCACCUGGUCCCUCAUCAGAUCCUGCAACCAAGAUGCCACCCCUGAAGAAACCCAGAGCAUCAUGUGCUUUAGCUGAUCUUCUUGGUUCCACAUUCACCCUUCUCAAAAAUGACACUGAAACAAAAACUGAUGUAGAAGCUGCAGAAGAUGAGGAUGUUCCAGACGCAGUGUACCGCAUGGUGGAGCUGAGGGUCCUGUCUAACUGGGGUCAUGUGCACUACACGUGUGUGUACCGCUUCCGUGUGCAUGGACAGCUGGUCUCAUCAUGA